AGCCACGCCCCUUUUCGAUUUAGCCACGCCUCCUCGCCUUAUAUGGCGUGGCCACGCCCUCUCCCUCACGGAGUCGCGCCCGCGCGGUUCGAGCGCGGCCAUGGCGGAGCCGGGGCUGGAGCCGGAGCGGGGCCGGGAGCCGGUGACGGCCGAGGCGGUGCUGAGGGAGCUGCGGCUCUUCGAGCUGCGCUGCCAGGGCGAGGAAGUGCCCGACAAGCUGGUGGAGCUGUGCCUGAGCCACGGGCUGGGCCCGGUGGCCUUGGCCAACGAGCUGCUGGCCUUCAUCACCAGCAAAGACCUGGAGCCCCAGCUCACCCCUGAGGGCCUGGACGCCUUCGAGCACGAGGUGCUGGCCAAGCGCGGCCGCCGCGGCCGGGACGAGCGCCGAGGGCUCCUCCACGACAUCCACUCGCUGCAGGAGCUCCUCACCGAGGAGCAGGAGGACGAGCUGCUGGACGCCUACACCACCCCAUCCAAGGGCUCCCAGAAACGCAGCAAUUCCACACCGGAGACGCCCCGGCCCAAGCGGGCGCCGUCGUCCCGCAGCCCCUACGGGCUCUUCUCCCCCGGCAGCUUCUCCCCGAGCGUCACCCCCUCCCAGAAAUACUCAUCCCGUGGGGGCCGGGGCGAGGUCGUGGCCUCGUUUGGCUCCGUCCAGGGCCUGACCUGGCACGGCCACGGCGGCUGCAGCGUCAAACUCUUCGGGGGCCCUGAGCAGAACCUCACCAAACCCUACAAAUUCAUGUUCCAGAAGGCGCUGGACGUCCGGGAAGCGCUGGCCGGGCGGGUGGAGGAGCUCGGGGAGGUUCUGAGGAGGCACCACGGCCUGGACGGCUUCAGCUCGACCGCGCUGCCCGCCCAGGAGCCGGUGACGGUGCUGGGGCAGAUCAGCUGUGAUGGGAACGGGAAGCUCAACGCUCGCUCCGUGCUGCUGGUGGGGGACAGGGAACACUCAGGGGGGGCCCAGAUCCCGCUGGACCUCUCGGAGCUUCCGGAAUAUUCCCUGUUCCCAGGACAGGUGGUGGCUCUGGAAGGCACCAACAGCACGGGCAGGAGGAUGGUGGUGACCAAACUCUACGAGGGGGUCCCUCUGCCCUUCCACACCCCCACGGAGCCCAUGGCAGGGCAGAGGAUGGUGCUGGUGGCCUGUGGCCCCUUCACGCCCUCGGACGGCGUCGCCUUCGAGCCCCUCAGUGACCUCCUGGACGUGGUGGCCCGAGACCGCCCCGACGUUUGUAUCCUGCUUGGGCCGUUCCUGGACGCCAAACACGAGCAGGUGGAGAGCUGCCAACUCCUGAGCUCCUUCUCCGACGUUUUCCAGCUCUGCCUCAGGACCAUCAUCGAGGGCACCAGGAGUUCUGGCUGCCAGCUGGUCCUGGUGCCCUCGCUCCGCGACGUCUCCCACGAUUUCGUGUAUCCUCAGCCUCCCUUCCCCUGCCCGGACCUGCCCAAGGAGGACAGAGCGCGCGUGCUCCUGGUGUCCGAGCCCUGCACCCUGGACAUCGACGGCGUCGUCUUCGGCCUCACCUCCACCGACCUCCUCUUCCACAUGGGGGCUGAGGAGAUCAGCAGCUCCUCGGGGAUCUCCGAUCGCUUCACGCGGAUCCUGCGGCACGUCCUGACCCAGCGCUGUUUUUACCCGCUGUUCCCGCCCUCGGAGGAGCUGAACGUUCACCUGGAGGCGCUGCCGGCGCUGCCGGUGACCCCGGACGUGCUGGUGACGCCCUCGGAGCUGCGCUUCUUCCUCAAGGACGUCCUGGGCUGUGUCUGCGUCAAUCCCGGGCGUUUGACCAAGGGCCGGGCCGGGGGCACCUACGGGCGGCUGCUGCUGCGGAGAGAGCGGCACCGGGAGAAUCCCGGGGAGAAUCCCGGGGAGAAUUCCGGGGAGAAUUCCGGGAAUGAGCCUGGGGACAAUCCUGGGGAUAAUUCCAGGGAUAAUUCCAGGGAUAAUUCCGGGGCUGAGCCCCGGAGCAGCCCCUGCGUGGCCGCCCAGGUGGUGAGGAUCUGAGCUGGCUCCGGGCAGGAGCAGGAACUGGGGAGAAACUCCUGGAAAUGAGGGGAAAACACCUGGAAUUGGGGCAAAAACUCCUGGAAUUGGGGAGAAACUCCUGGAAUUGGGGAGAAACUCCUGGAAUUGGGGAGAAACUCUUGGAAAUGGGGCAAAAACUCCUGGAAUGGGGAGAAACUCCUGGAAUUGGGGAGAAAACUCCUGGAAUUGGGGUGAAAACAUCUGGAAUGGGGGAGAAAACUCCUGGAAUUGGGGUGGAAACAUCUGGAAUUGGGGAGAAACUCCUGGAAUUGGGGUGGAAACAUCUGGAAUUGGGGAGAAACUCCUGGAAAUGGGGCAAAAACUCCUGGAAUUGGGGAGAAAACAAUUCCUGGAACUGAGGUGGAAAUAACUCCUGGAAUUUUGGUGAAAACAAUUCCUGGAAUUGGGGUAAAAACAAUUCCUGGAAUUGGGAAGAAACUCCUGGAAUUGGGGUGAAAACAUCUGGAAUUUUCAUGAAAACUCCUGGAAUUGGGGUAAAAACUCCUGAAAUUGGGGUGAAAACAAUUCCUGGAAUUUUGGUGAAAACUCCUGGAAUUUUGGUGAACCCCCCCAAUGUUUUGGCACAUGGAAGAAUUUCACCCCUGGAAAAGGGAAUUUGGGAAUCUGGAUGUGGAUCCUCCCCGUCCUGGCGUCACCCCUCGCCCUCAUUAGAGUUUAAUUAGCACAAAACCAAUUAAUUACGAGCUCCUGGCGCUGCUGCUUCCCAGGAAAACACAAAGCUCCGGCUCUGACCCUUUUCCCAAACUUUUUGCCCCAAAUUCCCGAUGAUGAUGAAAAUGAAUCCGAGUUUUUGUCUCUCCCGGUGUCGUUUCCCGAGGGAUAAAGGCAAAUCCGAGGGAUUUGGGGCUAAAACCGGGGAAAUUGGGGCUGGGGAGGGAGAUUUUCCUCCUGACUCCGAUGUGUGGCCGGGAUUUUCCCAAAAAUCUCCUUUUUCAACCCAAAACUCCCCCUGGAGCAGCUGGGGAGUGCCGGGAUCCCCCUGGAUUGGCCCAUCCCGGAUCCUCCUCUGGGUUUUGCCCAAUUCCGGCGUUUCUCACCCCAAAAUAAAGAAUUUUUCCAACAUCCAUAAAAUCUGCUUUUCCUGGGUUUUUUUUUCUCUCAUUUCCAGCUUUUUUAUUUUUUAAUUUAUUUUUUUAUCUUUUUUUUCCCGUUUUUCCCGUGGAUUCUCCCAGCCUCAGUUUCCCUUGGAAAAGCCCCGGGUUGGAUGAGCCGGAGCCGCGUCCUGGGGGGAUUUUGGGAAUUCCGGCUCUUCCCGAGCCCCCACCGCUCAAUCCCAUCCCGAAAUUCGGGAUUUCCUUCGGGAAUUCCCGAGGGUUUGGGGACAGGGAGCUGAUCCCGAUGGGAUUUUUCCGGUUUUGAUUUCCCGGGACGAGGCCGAGGGAGCUCCAGGAAUUCCCGGGAAGGGAAACGAGGCUGGGGAGGGGCUGGGACCGAUCCCAAACCCUGGAUUCCAAAUCCCGGGG